GUCGAUUUCUUCGACAAGCUCGUGUUCUGCGCUUUCCACAUUCCAUUGUUUAAUUUUUGAAUCUCCAGAGGCUGACCACAAUCGUCCUGAAAUGACACAUAAUGAAUAAAUAUCAGCUUCGUGAGCGUUUUCUUGGAUAUGACUAACUAAAUAUUCUCUUCUCAUGGUUGCGGAAAACCUUUCAAUUCAAUAAUUUCUUGUUACAAAAUUAAAAGGAAGUCUAUUAGUACACGGAGUUACUAUUUUAAAAGAGUUGAAUCCAAUAGGUGCAGUUUGUGUAGCUCUGGGCAAGCUCAUAGAAGCGAAGCCAUAUUGGAAAUGAAAGAAGAAAUGGCAUCCACGGUUUAUAUUUUGAUGCAUUCUUUUGGAGGAAGGAGGAAAAGACAAGAAAAAUGAAUGAUGUUAAAAACUUGCUAAUGAACGACCCUUUUCAGCUAUAUAACCCAAUGAUCUUGCAAUUGGCCCAUUUCAUUUCAUACUCUAUUGAAAGUAGACCAUUCUCAUGAAUCCCUUUUCGUUCAUUCAAGAUGACUGUCGCAAUUUGUUCUUUGUUUAAAGACGAGAUUGAACUAUUCUGCAAGGCAUACUAUACUUUCCACUCAGCGCUAUGUUCUGCAUGCGAGGCGAGGACUUUCAUCUUUCCUUUUUGAUUUUCUAUUUCUACGUGUUUAAUGGAUGAACUUUUGUCCUUGGAAGAAGUUUGUUGUGUAAACAAACAAAUGUUUUUACACAAAAAUAGGACUAGAAAGGUCCAACUCUUGCCGAAAUAUUAUCGCUUUCUUAAUAACUCUUCUUUUUUCUUUGCUAGGAAAACUAUCAGAUUUCAUCUUGUAAGAUUGGUUUUUCUGCUGAAACUUGCUUCCAAUAUUUCGCCGGCUGUUUUUAGCAAUUGGACAUCGAAAUUAUCAUAAUGGACUCUUUUUUUUCUCAGAAUAAUUCAUUUAAAUACUUAUAGUCUGGAUUUCGACUCUUGUAGACGAAUUCGUCAUUGCUAUUCAAACUUUUUUGACUAUGAGAAAUUUCAUCGCCGACUAUGUUGAACGGUAGUCAUAAAUGCAUUGAAUCUAUCUUCUUUCUUAUGUUUUUUUCUCUCAUCUUGCUUAAUUUUCCUCGUUCAGGUAUUUUUUCACAUACAUUUUUUUCUGCCAUUACAAUAUCGUACAAUUGUAUAAUGAAGUACGUGUGCGGAAAUAACCAUCCAUUAACACACCACUUUUUCAAUUUAUCAAUUGCCUCAAAUUCAUUGAAGUUUAGGUGCUUUGCAUUCUUUCCUCUUGCAGAAACACAAAGGCUGAUAGGUUGUUAAGGAAAUCUCCGAAUCACAAAUCUCGUAUAAACAGAUCAUUUUGAGUGCUGUGUUUCUUUCUUUGUUUUUUUUUUUUAUAGUUGUAUUCAGAAUCUCUUUUCUGCAAAGUAACUAGCAGAAUGCAUCAAGAAAAAAAAGAAGAUAUGGACCUUCGUGUUUUUUCCUUCAAUUGUUGGGGAUUGCGGUUUGUGUCGAAAUAUCGCACCGAGCGUUUGAAGGAGAUUGGUAAGAAGCUUGCUAAUUCGGAUUACGACAUCGUGCUAUUACAAGAAGUAUGGUCCAUUAAUGAUUUCAAUGAAAUUCGCAGCCAAGUAAGCGGGAACCUCGUUUAUUCAAGGUUUUUUCACAGCGCUGCAAUGGGGGCUGGAUUAGCAAUGCUUUCCCGAUUCCCCAUCAUUGAAUCUGCUAUGUGCAAGUAUCCCCUCAACGGUCGUCCUCAAGCCUUUUGGCGAGGUGACUGGUACGUGGGUAAAGGUGUAGCAACUGCCAGUCUGCAGCAUCCAUCCGGAAAAACAAUUUCUCUUUUCAACACUCAUUUGCAUGCUCCUUACGGAAAAGGUCCAGAUACUUAUUUGUGUCAUCGACUUUCUCAGGCCUGGUAUAUUUCCAAGUUACUCCGUUCAGCAGUCCAACGAGGUCAUAUUGUAAUUGCCAGUGGAGAUUUUAAUAUUCAACCUUUAAGUGUACCUCAUGAAAUUAUCACUUCUUAUGGAUUGGUCCAAGAUGCUUGGCUAACGGUACAUCCGGAUCAAGUUACGCAUCCUCCUAACCGUUAUGCCAUGUCUGAUCAGGAGUUGAUAGACAUUGCGGGAGCUACUUGCGACUCUCGCCUCAAUAGCUGGCGCGAAAAUAUCUCUUCGAAGGAUAUGGAUGAUUUUUAUGCUAAACGUUUGGAUUAUGUUUAUUAUUCACCUAGCACGUGUAAUGCUACUCAAAGUAAAGUUGUUUUUACUGAUCGUGUUCCUCAAUUGGGCUGUAGCUAUUCAGACCAUUUUGCCAUUGAAACCAAUUUGAAGAUUCUCGAUCAACCUUCAGUACCUGUUGAAACUCGCGUUGGUCACACAAUUAUUGACGACACCCUUGGCAUAACUUAUCAAUAUAUGAAAAGAGAAAGAUUGCAUAUGCGCCUCCGUAUCGCAGAGCUUUUUAUUUCUAUACCUAUUAUUGUUGGUGUACAUGUUGCGAUAGCAUGGUGUGAUCCUGCCUGGCUCAAGGUAAUAAUCCUUUUCUUCACAUUAGUUAUCGCCAUUGCAGCUGUCGUUAAUGGUUUCUGUAUUGGCCUAUUAUUUGGAAGAUGGGAAAUCAAUGGUCUCUUGGAAUUUGUUGCCGAGCUAAGAGAGCAGAAAUUAUUAUGCAAAGAGUACUAUAUGGAUCAUUCUACAAUUUAAAGGCUCACGAUAUCACGCCUUUUUUGUAUAUUGUUAGUUUAAACUGUACAGCACUAUGGGUGAUUUAUGUUUUCCAAUUUUUAUUAUGUUACUAAUUUUUUUAUUCAAGUCGCACACCUUAUUUAUAUUCGCAUAAUUUUGUCUUUAGUAACAAUUGUUUAUUCUAUGAUCUAUGAUAAUGAAAUUAUCUUACACUUUAUUAAUCGAUUUGCUUUCUAGCUAUAAAUAAGUGAAAAUAAAUAUAUGAGGAGUG